AUGAGCGAUACUUGUCAGUUAGUCCUAACAAUAAAGUUCAAGGGCCAGCCCUUAACUAUUGGCCCUCUUCUCAGUACUCUUACUAUCAAUCAGUUAAAGGAUGAAAUAUUCAAGCAUACAAAUGUAUCUCCGGAAAAUCAAAAGUUGCUUGGAUUAAAGCCAGCGCCAGGUAUGCUCAGUCCCGCUUCAUGUUUAGGCUUGAAGCUGAGCGACUCCCUUCAUCUUUCGGAGACUUCUCUCUCUUCUACAUCAAAACUUAUGCUCAUGGGCUCCACGCAGGAUGAAAUGAAAACCUUAACGAAUUUACAAGUGGAAGCUCCUGAUGUUGUAGAUGAUUUUGACAUCAAAGAAAAAAUAGAGCGUCGAUCUAAAACCUAUAAAGCUACAAAAAUUGCAGACUUUAGAGAAUCUAAACGCCUCCUUGUACUUGAUAUUGACUACACAAUAUUCGGACACUCUCUUUUAGCUCCAAUUUCACAGUCGCUCAGAUUUGGCGUAGCUUCAAACAUCUCGGUAGUUUCUGUCUUUCAGGCUGAUCUGUCAAAGCUUACUCCUAUCAUGGCUAGUGGGGCGUGA